AUGGCGUCGGUUUCAAGUCACCGGCGAGUGGUGGCGGUGCUGGAGUCAGGGGUGGUUCGGUUUUCCCACUACCGGGAAGCGGCGGCGCUCGAUCUGGUGAGCGAGGUCGCCCUACCGAAAUCUGAACCACCACCAAAAUGUCAGCCGUGUUUGACAGUAUGUGGGUCACGCGUGGCUGUGGCAUGGGGUAAAACGGUAUUUGUGUUUGAUGCCAUUUUGGGUGAUCUCGUGGCGUCGGUGCCGAUAUCGGAUGAAGCAAAGACAAUAACGACAAUAUCUGAAGAUUCAGUAAUCGUGGCGACUAAUGAAGUCAAGGGAAAGACUAAUGAAAUCAUUAAAGUGAAUAUUGAUGAUUUGACGUUCGAAUCAGUGAGUUCCGUGCCCCAUAAGUUUCCUAUUGUUGAUAUAGUCGCCAAUACUGAAACUCAUACUAUUGUGUCAAUUGACACCAAAGGGAUCAUUGAAGUGUGGAAAUUGAAUGGUAAACCAUCGGUUGAUUAUACUACGAAGCUGGAAACCGAUUAUCUUGAAGUUGUGAGGGCUAAACUGAAACCUACAAAACUAGCAAUGUGUGGUAACAAUAUCGCCGUGGCCACUGAAUUGAGUAUCUGGGUGUUUAACUACGUUACUGGUAAACGUGUUGGUUUGAUUGAUGCUGAAAAAUCGCUGGCAAUUGCUUUAUUACCGACCCAAUUAUUAUAUUCCACUAAGACCGAUAUCCAAAGAGUAUGGCUUAAACUGAUCACUACCGAUUCAAGUGAUACGAUUGGUAAGUUCCCAGCCUUCAAUAUAAUCACAUUAAGUGAUGAAAUACCUCCACUAGUCAUUGCUAGCGGUGACGUCAUCCGACUAUAUGAUCACGGUAUUGACCCCGAACCUCAUGAUUUAACCCCUUCAGCCAAGAAGCUAGCCAAGGUGCUGGUGGAUGAUAUCACUCUGGUGACAUUACACACGUCAAAGGGAGAUAUACGGAUCAAGCUAUACCCGAAACUCGCCCCCAAAACCGUGGAAAACUUUGUCGCUCUUAUCCAACAGGGCUAUUAUACUCAUCAAAUCUUUCACCGAGUUAUCAAGGGGUUUAUGAUUCAAACGGGUGAUCCUACUGGUACUGGAACCGGUGGACAAGCGGCUACUGGCUCGUAUAUUGACGACGAGUUCUCCCCUCUUCUUACACACGCAAAGCCGUAUAUGGUAAGCAUGGCCAAUGCUGGACCCAAUACCAAUGGUUCACAAUUCUUUAUCACCACCAGACCCGCCACUGAGCUUGAUGGAAAGCAUUCGGUGUUUGGCGAGGUGAUUGCAGGGUUUGAAGUGGUACGCACCAUUGAGAGACUGAAGACCAAAAACGACCGACCCAAUACCGCAAUAGAACUCGGCCUGAUCCUGAUCCAACGAUAA